AUGUCCCCUCCCGAGUGGAACUUCGGACACGUCGCGGGUCUGUGCGACGUCGCGUUCCUCGGAUCCGGCGACGAAACACGGCUCGUGACCUGCGGCGCGGACAACACCGUCGCGCUUCGCGACCCGAAGACCGGGGACGUCGAGGACUCGUUCGAGGACCACGACGACGCGGUGAACGUCCUCGCGGUGCACCCCGACGGCGCGAAGUUCGCGACCGGGAGCGACGACAACUGCGUGAAGCUCUUCUCGUUCACGACGUCCAAGCGCGAGUUUGAAUCGAACGUCACGCGGUUCACGCUCCCCGUGCGCGCGCUCGCGUUCUCGAACGACGGCGCGCUCCUCGCCGCGGGCGGGGAGGACAGCACGAUCAAGGUGAUAAACAUGGCGGACAACUCCGUGCACCUGGAGCUCCCGACGAACGCGAAGUGCGUCAAGUCCAUCGCGUUCGACCCGAUCGGCGAGUACGUCGCCGCCGUCGACGACACCGGCGUGCUCACGGUGUGGGCGCUGAAGGAGAUCAAAGCCGGGUCCGAGGAUAACCGCGUGCUGUGCGCGACGACCGCGCCGACGACGGAGGCGGAUUCCCCGCGCGUCAACGGCGUCUCGUGGCGCCCCGACGGCGCCGUCGUCGCGGUGCCCGGGCGCGAGAACGACGUCACCUUCUUCGCGCGCGGGUCGUGGCGCGAGCUCGAGGACCACCGACUGUUCGAGGACGCGAAAGGACACGCCGGCGCCGUCGCGACGUGCCGCUGGUCCCCGAACGGGAAGUACCUCCUCACGACGGGCGCGGACAACGCCGCCGUCGUCUGGGACGUCGGCGCCAAGUCCGUCGUCUCGCGCAUCGAGUGCGAGUCCAUCGUGUGCGGCGCGUACUGGCGCAAGGAAGGGAACGCGGUCGCGCUCGCGGGGUCGGACGGGCAGUGGUGCGUGUGGAACGACGUCGUCGCGGCGUCGCUCCCGUCGCCCACCGCCGUCGUCGACGCGAGCGAGCUGGACUUCUUCGUCGCGGGCGCGAAGAAGGACGACGUCGCGAACGCCGCCGAGGGCGGCGACGUCGCGGGCGCGCUCGAGGACGACGACGACGAGGAAGGCCUCGGGGACAUGGACGAGGAGGAGUACUACCUCGCGCAGGAGCGACGACGGAAGAUGAAGCGGAAGAUGGCGGGGAAGUUUGGCGGCGCGUUCGGCGGCGCCGCCGCCGCGCCGACGCCGCAGGCGCCGUUCCAAGUCGGCGCGUGCGACGCCGCGAAGAAGCCCAAGGACGGGGAGAAAGAGAACCGCCGGUUCCUGUGCUACAACAUGAUGGGCACGGUCGUCACCACGGGCGAGCCCGGGGGCGACUUCAACUCUGUCGAGAUGUCCUUCCACGACACGUCGCGCGCGGGACGCGCGCCGACGAUCACGGACUACCACGGCUACUCCAUCGGCACGCUCGGGGAGAAAGGGUGCGCGCUCGCGUCCCCGGGGAAGCCCGGCGGCGGCGCGAGCACGGUGUUCUACCGCCCGUACGAGUCAUGGGCGCACGCGUCCGAGUGGAGGGUCACCAUCCCCGCGGGCGAAGACGCGGUCUCGGUCGCCGCGGGGAACAACUGGGUCGCCGCGGUGACGUCCAAGCGUAACCUCCGUCUCUUCUCGCACGCGGGCGCGCAGAGGCAGAUCGUCACCCUGGAAGGCGCGCCGGUGACGUGCGUCGGGAAGGGCGACUCCCUCGUCGUGACCUGGCACGCCGCCGCGCCCGCGCUCGUCCCCGGCGCCGACGGCCGACUGGAAGUCGAGCAGAGGAUCGAGUUCGCGGAGUACGACGUCGCGGACGGCGGGAAGAUCUUAUCCCGAGGGCGCGUUCCGGUGCCUCCCGGGCACACGCUCACGUGGCUCGGGCACUCCGAGGACGACAACCGCGCGCUGUGCUUCGGCGCGUCCGACGGCACCGUCCGCGUGCGCGUCCCCGAUUUCGGCGGGUCCUGGUCGCAGGUGUUCUCCUCGAUGGACGCGCGCCAGUCCGAGGGCGAGCACCACUGGGUCGUCGCGGUCGCGACUUCGGACAACGCGUACUCGUCGUCCGCGCUGUACUGCGUCGUGUGCCGGGACGCGAGCGGCCCGGGGGUGUACCCCAAGCCGGUGCAGACGCUCAUGCCCCUCGGCGCCCCCGUGGCGCUCCCGGAGAACAGCUCCGGGGACCUCGAGGACGCCGCCGCCAAGGCGCAGAUCGCGGUCGCGCUCGCGUCCGCGGCGGCCGCGCGCGACGGCGACGGCGACGGCGACGGCGACGGCGCGCUCGGCGCGGCGCGAGCGGCCGCGGACAAGGCGUCGCUGCGGUUGUUCCACGCCGCGUGCAAGGGCGAGCGACCGGCGCGCGCGGCGGACAUCGCGUCGUCGCUGCACCUGAGCAACUCGCUCCACGGCGCGCUGAAGCUCGCGAACGCGAUGCAACAGCGCGUCCUCGCGGAGAGGAUCACGAACCUGAUCGAGGCGUCCAUGGCGGCCGCGGCGGCGGCGGCGAACGCGUACGCGUACGCCUCCGAGCCGUCCGCGCUCGAGACCCCGGGGCAGUUCGCGCAGCAGCACUACAGUCAGCCGGCGUCGUACGCGCCGUCGCAGCCGACGCAGCCGUCGCAGGCGGCGCCCGUCGAGGACGCGAAUCCGCUCGGGAGGCGGAAGUCCGUCGCGCCGGCGAACGAGAACGAGACGCCGACCGCGGUGGGCGCGAAGCACAAGGCUGGCUACGAGGCGACGGAGAAGCCCGCGGCGAAGAAGGGGAAGACGGCGAACCCGUUCGCGCGGCGCUGA